AUGUACUUCGACGGCGCCCUCAACCUCGAUGGCGUCGGGGCAGGAGUCCUCCUCAUAUCCCCCAAGGGAGAACAACUGCAAUACAUCCUCCAGCUACUCUUCGGGGCCACCAACAAUGCUGCUGAGUACGAAGCUCUCAUCCACGGUCUCCGGAUCGCUGCUUCCUUCGGCAUAAAGCGCCUCCUCGCGUACGGCGACUCCAAAGUCAUGAUCCAGCAAGUCAACAAAGACUGGGAAUGCACCCAAGAAAAGAUGGACGCAUACUAUAGAGAGAUACAAAAACUUGAAUCCAAGUUCUACGGACUCGAGUUCCACCAUGUCCUCCGGGACUACAACGUCGCCGCUGACGUCCUAUCCAAGUUAGGCUCCAAACGAGCUCUCGUCCCGGCAGGAGUCUUCGUCCAGAGUCUCAGGAGCCCCAUUGUAAACAUUGAGGAGGAACCUCCAACCAAGCCUGACUUGGUACCUGCUCUAGGGCAGGAAGUACUCAUCGCCGAUCCAGAUUGGCGAGCACCCCUCAUCGACUUCAUCAUGAACAACAAAUCCUACCCCGACGGGAAGGACAAACAACAUGUGAAGCUCGACCCCCGAGCUGCAAGUUAUGUUGUCAUCGGCUCUGACCUCUAUAAGCACUCGACCAUGUCCGGCUCCCUGUCCAAGUGCAUCUCCCAGUAG